ACGUAAAACGGCUGCCAAAGGUUGCGUUUGGGAAAUUGCAAGCGAGCGAGAAACAUGGGAGGGGAGGAGAAAGCGAAGAAGGAAGCGCUGGAGAUUAUCGGCCAAUUCCAGAAGCUGCCUUGUUUGGUCGUAUUCGAUCUCGAUUAUACUCUCUGGCCUUUUUAUUGUGAGUGCUGCGAUGAGGAUGAAACACCGUAUCUAUAUCAGCAUGCUAAAGCCAUAUUACUUGCCCUGAAGGAGAAGGGAAUUGAUAUUGCUAUAGCUUCUAGAUCACCAACUCCCCAAAUUGCCAAAACUUUCCUCGAUAAACUAGGAAUCCGGCCCAUGUUUGUCGCCGAGGAGAUAUUCUCGAGUUGGACACAUAAAACCGAGCAUUUCCAGAGAAUUCAUAGGAGGACUGGGGUACCAUUUAGUUCAAUGCUGUUCUUUGAUGAUGAGGAUAGGAACAUAGAAGCGGUAUCAAAAAUGGGAGUCACUAGCAUCAAUGUUGGCAAUGGAGUAAACCUCAGAGCUCUAAGGCAGGGAUUGUCAGAAUUUUUGCAGAAAUCUGAACCAUCUAGUGGGAGCAGGAGUGAGUAAAAUUUUCCAUUGUUGUAUAAUAAUCCAUGAUAAUGAUAUCAGCCUAAAACCAUUGAUUAUGCUAGCGGCAAAUGCCAUCUAGUUACCAUAUUCUUAUUCUACAUUCAAUUGUUCUGUGACUGUUCUGCAUGCUGCAUCUAUUUCUCAUUUGCUGUGGCAUGACAGCAGAUAUAUUUCACACAUUGUAUCGUUGUUCAAAAUUCUUGACAAACUACUUGAGAAUGAACAAAGAGGAUCUAGCACUCUUUUUUGUUGUUGGAAUGGAAACACUUCACCUGCAAGUUUA